UCUAGCAAAGGUCGAACCAGACCGUGAGACGCUGGUGCACCAGAGGCAAAGCACAUUUGCUCCACACCUGCACAUCUCCACCACUGUGAACAGAGAGCAUGGAGGAAGACCUAAAGAAGAGGCCCACGUCCAGGGGUCUGAGUACCCUGGAGAAGAGCCUGAUACUACUGUUUGUGGCUCUGACUGGCGCCUGCAUCGGACUGGUGGUCAUCUACUUCACUGACAAGAACAGCGUCUCCACUGAUGAAGAGGUCAAUUCAGGAUGCGGGGGUCCUCAGGCACUCAAGGGCCCGUUGGGGGAGUUCACCAGCAUGAAUCACCCCAGUAGCUACGAUAACGGCAUGAGCUGCAGCUGGCACAUCACUGUGGACCCAGGCAUGGUAAUCCAUUUGUGGUUUGAACACUUCUCCCUGGAGGCAACAGACCUGUGCACAGCAGACUACUUUACAAUACAGGACAACUUGGGAGUCAUCGGGAGGUUGUGUGGGCGCUCCAAACCCGGGCCGAUAGUGUCAUUAGGAAACUCUAUGUUGUUGUUCUUUGACACCAAUGACAGAAAUACAGACAAGGGAUUCAAAGCAAAGUACCAAGCUGUGACACCAGAGAGUACUUUAGAAAUAGCCGGGGCUGGUGGCGCUCUCCAAGGUGACCGCGGGGAACUACUGACCCCUGGGUUCCCAGCACAGAACUAUGAGAACGUGGCUCUCUACCAGUGGAGAAUCACUGUACCAGAGGGAGAGAAGAUCAGACUGACGUUCUCCUCCUUCGACCUGGUCCCUGAGGCCUGUAGAGAUUACGUAGAUGUCUACGAUGGCCACAAAAACGGCUCCGCCAUGUUGGGUCGAUUCUGUGGUAGUAAGAAUCCAGGCCGCGUGGAUUCCAGUGGCAACACGAUGGUGGUGCGUUUCAAAAGCGAUGCCACUCUCACCUCCAAGGGUUUCAGUGCCACAUUCACCAAGACCGGCCUCAUCCCGGCCACGGUCAAACCUACCACCAUGAUGCCCACAACACUAGCUAUAACAGACUCAGGCUGCGGUGGUGUCGGAACUCUGUUUGGCCGUAAAGGGGAGAUCCAUUCUAUGGGAUUCCCAGAUGCGUAUCCCGGGAAUCUUCACUGCUCCUGGAACAUCACAGCUCCGGAAGGCUUCCUGGUCAAACUGCAUGUCACAGACAUGUCCGUCACGGGAGAGGCGGGCCAGUGUGGCGAAGACAAGCUUGUAGUUUCUGACAGCCUCCAGGCGCUUGGCACACACUGUGGCUACGUCCUUCCCCCUGUGGUGGUCAGUGCCAAUAACAAGAUGUCCCUGAGCUUCCUGUCCGACUCACGUCUCUCUGACCGAGGCUUCUCCGCCAAGUGGGAGGCCGUGUAUCCUGAGGACAUUGCCGCGAUCCAGGGAUGCGGAGGGGCCUCCCAUGAGUUAAAAGGGGUUAUUAAGUCUCAGAACUGGCCUAUGAACUACAAGGCGGCCAGCGAGUGCAUGUGGAGUGUGGAGGUGCCCAAAGGGAAGACCAUAACUCUGACGUUCACUCACUUCGACGUGGAAGCCAAGGACAUUUUCACUUCCAAAUGCUUGGAUAACAUGGUGGCGUACGACAUCUAUAAUGACGGAGCUGAGAGUACAAAACACAGUGAGUACAAAUAUGGUCCAUGGUGUGGUGACCAACUCCCAGCCACCAUCACGACUAAGGGCAACAAGUUGGUGAUGCGUUUCCAUACUGACUUCUUCGUGGAGGCUAAAGGUUUCAGAGCCUACUGGGACAACAUCACAGACACCACCCAGCCUGUUCCCACUGAGGCCCCUAUACAGCCUAACCCCUGGGACAACAUCACUGUAGCAUGGCCAACCACAUGUGGCAAACCCACCAUUCCCCCCACCAUCCACACCCGCAUAGUCAAUGGAGAGCCAGCCAACCCUCACUCCUGGCCCUGGCAGGUGUCCAUGCAGGUUUGGCCUAGCAGUCAGGAGACGCCCAAGUUCUUCCACACCUGCGGAGGAACUCUCAUCCAUAAGAACUGGGUCAUGUCAGCAGCCCAUUGCUUCAUACGGUACGCUGACGAGCUCCAGCGCUGGAAAAUGUGCCUGGGCAAACACAACCGGACGUUCACAGAAGACCCGGAGCGGUGCUUCGGCGUGACGGGCAUCUACCGCCAUGAGGGCUUCAAGUACCCCAAGUUGCCCACGGUGGAGUUCGACAUCGCCCUCGUCAGGCUGGGUGGGGAAGUGACCCCCAGCGAUCAGAUCUCCUACUCCUGCCUGCCCUCCCUGGAGGAGGUCCUGGAGGAGGGCAAGAAGUGUUACGCCACCGGCUGGGGAGAUGAGACUGGUGAUUCCAUGAAUGCCAAAGUGGCUGAGACCCUGAACCAGGUGGCCCUGCCGGUGGUGCCCUUCAACACCUGUAAGAAGAUGGACUACUGGUGGUUCCAGGUCAAGACCUCCAUGAUCUGCAUGGGCUACACCUUGCCUGACGAGCUCAAGUCUGUCUGUCAGGGGGAUUCGGGCGGUCCCCUGGUGUGCCAGGACUCUGCCAACGCUCCCUGGGAGGUGCACGGCAUCACCAGCUUUGGUCCCAAUCAUCCAGCUCUUGGUCCCAAUGGCUGCAUCAUGGACCUUUAUUUAACUAGGCAAACUGGUCCACCUGCACUUCCACAACUUCUCCCUGGAGGACACCCAGCUGUGUCUCAACGACAAGGUCACCAUCAACGACAGCUUAGCCAGCCUAGGUACCUACUGCAGUCACAUUCCCCUCAGGACCUAGUGAGUAUCGGUGACAGACUGAGCCUCUAUUUCACCUCCAACAACAAGGUGGUGGACACCGGCUUCAGGGCCUCCUGGAAGGCUGUGGACCCCAGCCAGGCUUCAUGUGGAGGUGUCUUCAGCAGUGAGCAGGGAGAACUCACCUCUCCCAACUGGCCUAACAACUACCUAGACCAGGCUGUGUGUACCUGGCGUAUCUCCAUCCCCUCAGCUUUGAACAUCCACAUUGUCUUCACCCAUUUUGAGGUGCAGGCCGUGAACCAGCUGGGACAGUGUGUGGACUACGUAGAGAUCUACGGUGGAGCAGGGUUGACCUCACAAGAUCGCUUCUGUGGCUUUGCGCCGCCCGCUGAGGUUACUGUCGUCGGCAACACGGCUGUAGUCCGUUUCCUCAGCAACAAAGCCAAUGUGGAGAAGGGUUUCCGUGGUUACUGGACCACUGAUCCCAACUUGUUCCCCACUCUGCCUCCCCCUCCCGCUAACCCAUGGGACAACAUCACUAUCAGCUGGCCUGAGACGUGUGGCAGCCCUGCUGUACCCCCCAGUAGUGCCACCUUGAGAGUGGUCAACGGGGUAGAGGCUGUGCCCCACUCCUGGCCCUGGCAAGUCUCCAUGCAGGCCAGUCCGUUUAAUCCCAUCCCCUACAUGCAUGGCUGUGGAGGCUCCCUGAUCCACAGGCAAUGGGUCCUGACGGCCGCUCACUGCUUCAUGGCGCCUCUGGGUAACCCCACCUAUUGGCGCAUGUGUCUGGGUAAACACCACAUGAACUCAUCCCGGGACCUCCCUUCCCAUGAGGCCUGCUACACGGUGGACGGCAUCAUCAGGCACAAGGGCUUCGUGUACGAGCAGGACAAGACGGACAUCACUAACGACAUCGCCCUGGUGCAUUUGAGCUCUGAAGUCAACAUGACCAGGGAGAUUAGUCCCGUGUGUCUGCCGGCGCUCGGCGCCCUGAUGCCUGCUGGGAAACCCUGCUACGUCACGGGGUGGGGCGACGAGAAAGGUAGCCUCUUCCCUGUUGUAUCUAAGAAGUUGAACCAGGCAGCCCUGCCCAUCGUCCCCUUCGCCACCUGCAGUAAGCCAGCCUACUGGUGGGACACCCUGAGACCCUCUAUGAUCUGUGCCGGAUACGAGUCUCCAGACGAGCUCAAGUCAGCCUGCCAGGGUGACUCAGGUGGACCCUUCGCCUGCCAACCCUCAGCCUCAGACCCUUGGGAGGUCCACGGCAUCGUCAGCUUUGGCGCCUUCGGCUGUAUCAAGGACAAGAAACCCUCUGUGUUCACCAGAGUGUCCUCCUUCAACGACUGGAUCGAUGAUAACAUGAAGAGGUUCACCUAUGAGAAGUCGCUAAACUAAAGCGAAAAUCACUGAUCUCAGAACUGCUGGGGGAUGUUGAUUUAGUUGCUACCUAACCACAGAUCUAGGAUCAGAUUAUAAUUACUCAUCUCAAAACUGUUUCGUCAGGUUGGAUAGUGUGGGUUGGAGUUGGAACCUAACCACAGAGCUAUGAUCAGAUUAGUUUAACCUGACGCAUAACAUGAUCUAUUAGGUAGGUGGGAAAUGAUCUGAUCCUGUCAGGGCAGAUUGAUCCUACAGUCUACACUCAUUAAGGUUUAACACUACAGUAUUUAUACACUGCAGGCCCCAAGAUGUUUCAUCAUAUAUUUCAGUCAUUUAGCAGAUGCUCUUACCCAGUGUGACUUAAAGGAGAAAUUAGGGUUAAGUGCCUUGCUCAUGGGCACAUCGGCUGAUACAGUAUUUCACCUAGUCGGCUCGGGGUUUCAAACCUGGCCCAACACUCUUAGCCGCCAGGCUACCUGCCACUCCAGUAGGGAGGUCUAAUACACUGCUGCACCACAGUACCUUAUGGACAUUAGGAUUAUACUGUGUAUACCAGUACAGAUGAUUGAGGGAAUACUUUUCGCAUAAUGUCUGCAUAUCAAACUCCUAUUCUCACCAUGUAGAAAUAUUGUAAGUAAUGUGAUCAUGAUUCAUGUUGGAAUUGCUUCCAUUCUGGAUCUUUGAAUAAAAUCCUUAUUUUGCAUAUUU